AUGUCGCUUGAUCCAUUAGAUAAUCAAAACUUGAUGCUAGAUACAAUCGUGUUCAACAAACUUGUUCAAAAUCUACCAAAUCUAAGAGAAGUUGAUCUGAGUUAUGCAAAUAUGUUUUUGGCUGAACCUAUUUCCUUGAUGAAUUUGUCUUCUUCAUUGUCUUCUCUCCAACUCAUGGAUUGUGGAUUACAAGGGGAAUUCCCAGGCAAAUUACUUCAAAGGCCAAAGCUUCGAGUGCUCGAUUUAAGGGGAAAUGACCGUUGUUUGCCAAGGUCCAAUUGGAGUUGUUCCCUUGAGACACUGUAUCUUUCUUAUACAAAAAUUGCAAUACAUUUAGAACAUGACCUUAUUAGUAAUCUAAGGUCUGUGAAAAGAUUGUCUCUUGGAGGCAUGAACAAUUUCCAUGGAAGUAUCCGUACAUCAUUUUCAAACAAUAACAGCUUUAUGUAUUUGAACUUUAAUGGCAAUCUAUUAGAAGGGCGAAUUCCUUCAUCCAUCACCAAUUGCAAAAAUUUAGAAGUUUUGGAUAUUGGCAACAAUAAGAUAGAUGAUACCUUCCCUAUUUUUUGGCAAACUCUUAAACAACUACAGGUUCUUAUUCUACAAUCCAACAAACUGUAUGGAUCUCUGAAAGAUGCAAUCGGCAAUUAUUCCUUCUCUAAGUUGCGAAUUUUUGACAUUUCCAGCAAUAGUUCUAGUGGACCUUGGCCACUUGAGUACUUCAUUAGUCUUGAAGCCAUGAUAGUUCCAAAUCAAGAGAUUGAAUACAUGCGAGUAGGCAGUUACGAAUAUUAUGUGCACGUGAUAUGGAAAGAAUGGAGAGAUUGA